AUGUUAUCCAGGCGGGUUGUGACUCUUAGAAUGUCUGUGUUGCCACAUGUAACGCUAGGUGGCCGUAAGUUUAGCGAAAAGCGGGCAGGCCCAAUCCCUUUACCUAGGGAUGAUCAAGAGGAAUUCGAGCGGCUGCAAAAAAUCGCCAACUCACAAGCUGCUAUCGACGAGUACAACCAGAAGUUGGAAAACAACCCUUUAAGAGAGUCGGUGCACUCAGCUUCGCCAAAACAAGAGAUCGGGGGGUUUUCUCCAGAGUAUUCGAGAACUAUUCCCGAGUUUGAGGGCGACGUUAAUCCGAUAACAGGUGAAGUUGGUGGGCCUAAGCAGGACCCUCUGAGGCAUGGCGAUUACUCAUUUAAUGGGAGGGUCACUGAUUUUUAG